UGGAGAAGAAAAAAACAGAACUUAUACAAAAGCAUGGAAAAAGGAAAAGAACAUUCAUCUACCAUAAGACCAUCUACCUCAAAUCCCCCAUCUGUGGACAUACCAUCAACUUCUCCAAACAUCCCAAUGCACGGUUACUAUCGACCCUCAUCCGCGGAUAUACCAUCAACUUCUCUAAACAUCCCAAUGCACGAUUUCUAUGGAGCAGUGCCUGUGUGGUCACCGGGUUUUCUCCCAUUUCCCGCUGUCAACCAAUAUCCAAGCAAUAUACAAAAUGCUAGUUACCCAUUUCAACAUGGCAUGGAAAGCCAGUUGUCUCUCAGCAAUAUCUCCGUUACAAGCAGAUUUCUGGGUACGGAGGAUACUAGACCCUCAGUUGGGGAAACUCAAUCGGCAGCUACAUCUUCUAGAGUUGAAGAAAUUCAUCUUGAUAGACGAGAUGCACAAGAAAUCGAGUGUGGUAGUGCCGAAACAUCUGAGAAAGUGGAAAUGGAUGGUGAUGAUGAGCCCGUUUCGGGGAUGGAAUUUAAUUCAUUAGAAGAUUUAAUGAGUUAUUAUAAGGAAUAUGGCAAAAAAUGCGGGUUUGGGGUGAUGACAAAAAGGAGUGAGAGGGGAGAGGAUGAGACUGUGAGAUAUGUCACUCUUGCCUGUGCCCGUAGAGGGAAGGCCUAGAAUAGGACUAUAAAUGUCGCCAACCCACGUUCGACAGGAAAGACGAAAUGUAAGGCAAAAAUUAAUGCCUUAAAAGUUGCUGACGGAAAGUUUCGACUGACUACAGUUCACAAUCUCCACAACCACGGCCUCAGUCCAAAGAAAUCUCGCUUCUUUCGAUGUAAUCGAGAAGUGAGUGAAUCUGUUAAAAGGGUCCUAGAUACAAAUGAUUUGGCCGGCAUCCGAAUGAAUAAGAGUUUUGGGUCUCUUGUUGUUGGCGCGGGUGAUUUUGAGAACCUCCCGUUUUUGAAAAAGGAUUGUCGUAACUACAUCGACAAGGCACGACAUCUACGAUUGGGCGCAGGUGGUGCUGGAGCGCUUCGAGACUACUUUCUACGAAUGCAGUACAAAAAUCCGGGGUUCUUUGCACUAAUGGAUUUGGAUGAUGAAGGGAGGUUAAAAAAUAUUUUUUGGGCAGACCCCCGUAGUAGAGCAGCCUACCAAUAUUUCGGGGAUGUCGUAACCUUCGACACCACCUACUUGACGAACCGAUAUGGGAUGCCCUUUGCGCUAUUUGUUGGU